AUGGAAACAGUUUUGUCGCCGCCGCAACCAUUUCUGUUCGAUGAAAGAUCGAUUGACUUAGCUUCAGGAAAAUUGAGUGAUAGCUGGAAAAAGUGGAAGAAAGGCUUUCAAAUAUAUUUCGAGGCAUGCGAACUUCAGAAGAAGUCAGCUGUGAUACAGUUAAACAUAUUUUUACAUAUAGUAGGGGAACAAUGUCGCGAAAUUAUAGAUCAGUUUAAGGAAAUUACUUUGGAGGGUGUCCUUAAAAAGUUGGAUGAACAUUUUGGAUCAAAGAAAAAUUUAACGGUGGAACGCCAUAAAUUUUUUAUCAGAAACCAGCAAGAAAGUGAAACAAUAGAUCAGUAUGUAUUUGAAUUAAAAAAGUUAGCGUUGACCUGCGAAUUUUGUGAUCUAAAAGAUGAUUUGAUAAAAGACCGGUUAGUGUGCGGUGUUAUUAGUUCGGCGAUUAGAGAACGAUUGUUGAGAGAAGACAAGCUGACAUUGUAUACAGCAGUGGAGAUAUGUCGAGUGGCGAUUGUUUCAAGAAUGUAUUCUGAAGAUAUCAAGAAAGAAAGUGUGGUGUAUAAAAUUGAGGAGAGCAAUAGACACGAGGAAAGUAAUGAUAUAUGGAUGAUUAGAGGUCAUCGCGGAUACAAUAAUAUGACGCCUUCGUCGUCGAGGGUAGGCAGUGGCAGCGGUUACGUCUCGCGAUCGAUACGCGGUCGCUCUGUAUCGGAGCAUCGAGGUUCAAAUCGGCGGGAAACGCGUGGACGCAGCGGCCAUGCAUCGCGUACCUCAAACAGACUACGGCCUACUCCCGUCUGUGAUAGAUGUGGUAGGAUACAUGAAUACAAUGCGUGUCCAGCCUAUGGUAGAACGUGUUUACGAUGUUCAAAGCUUAACCAUUUUGCAAAAGUGUGUCGUGUUUACGAAGUGGGAGCUCCGAAUCCACAGAGUAUGACGGCUUACAGUGUAAUUAAUAGCCUAAAAGACAUAUUCAGCCGUCAAGGAAUACCGAAUACAGUCAUGUCUGACUGCGGUCCUCAGUUUACAGCCUCAGAGUUUAGACAAUUUGCACAUGAAUGGAACUUUACUCAUGAGACAUCAUCCCCGUACUACCAUCAAUCAAAUGGCCAAAUUGAGCGCACUGUGCAGACUGUUAAAAAUAUUUUAAAAAAAUCUUUAGAAGAUAAUUCUGAUUAUCGACUUGGGUUGUUAGAAUGCUUAAAUACACCAGUUAGCAAUAUCAUACCCUCACCAGCAGAACUGCUUCAGAGUAGAAAGUUUAGAAGUAUUGUUCCAACGCCUGUUAAAUUGUUUAAUUCUAAAUCUCACGUAAGUACGCAACAGAAAUUGAGAGUUAGGCAGCAAAAACAAAAAAUGUACUAUGACAAAGGUUCUAGAAAUUUGAUUCCAUUGAGUACUAAUCAAAAAGUUAGGAUCUAUGAUUCUCUAAAAAGUAUUUGGGUUUCAGGCACAAUAUUGACUAACUUAGGCAAUAGGUCUUAUAGAAUACGUCUGCUUAAUGGAAAAGUAAUAGUGAGGAAUAGACGGCAUAUCAUAAAGGACCUCUCACCUGCACAGAAUCCUCCUCAAGAGUACAACUUUGAUUACGAUCAUAUUAUGUAUCCAUGUCAAUAUACUAAUGUUAAUAAUACCUGUACAUCAUCUGACUUAUAUGUUACUCGUUCUGGCAGGACGGUGAGACCUCCGAAUAGAUGGGGCUAUACAUAA